CUUUGAGCAUAGAUUGUCAUCAGUCUUAGAAGAUUUCUAGUCCGACAAUCUAACCAAAUCAAAAUGUUCAAGAUCCUGCUUAUCUGCGCUCUUGCCGCCCUUGUGGCCGCCAACGCCAACGUGGAGGUUAAGGAGCUGGUCAACGAUGUCCAGGCCGAUGGUUUCGUUAGCAAGUUGGUCCUCGACGACGGAUCUGCCUCCUCUGCCUCCGGAGAUAUCCACGGUAACAUCGAUGGCGUCUUCGAGUGGAUCUCCCCUGAGGGUGUCCAUGUGCGAGUGAGCUACAAGGCCGACGAGAACGGAUACCAGCCCCAGAGUGAUCUGCUGCCCACUCCUCCUCCGAUCCCAGCUGCCAUCCUGAAGGCUAUCGCCUACAUCCAGGCUAACCCCAGCAAGAACUAAGUGAACAUGAAAGAUUGGAGACAGCUUGGUUGAGUUUGGAUUGCUCUCUCCUGCUGUUUUAAAUUUAAGAAAGAUGUUAUCGAAUUCGAAAAUAAAUUAAACCGUGCAAUAUAA